AAUAGCAUACGAUCCAUAGGAAAAUGGGGCAUUCCAGUUUUCGUCUGGCUAUGUGGCAAAUCUCGUUGGUGGUUGCAGUGAUGUGCACCACUUGCAUCCGGGUGGAAGGACUACCUCAUCCGCCAGCUACCUCAGCGGCACCAAUGAUGGAAAGGAUGGUGGAAAAGGCCUAUGACGACAAGUUCGAUAAUGUUGACCUGGACGAGAUCCUAAACCAAGAGCGUCUCUUGAUCAACUACAUAAAGUGCCUGGAAGGCACUGGGCCUUGCACUCCCGAUGCCCAAAUGCUAAAGGAAAUCCUACCCGACGCGAUCCAAACCGAUUGCACCAAAUGCACGGAGAAGCAGAGGUAUGGUGCUGAAAAAGUGACCCGUCAUCUUAUCGACAACCGUCCCACGGACUGGGAACGCCUGGAGAAGAUUUACGAUCCUGAGGGACUCUACCGCAUCAAAUACCAGGAGAUGAAGGCCAAAGGCAAUGAGGAGCGUUGAUCAACCUUUGCUGUAGGUGUUCUCCAUAGUUUUUAUUCUUCUUUACCUACCAAAUAAACUGCAAAGAAGCUUCAA